CGCAGCCGCACUGGCCUGCUGCUGUUUUGUUGAGAGCUUGAGAAAACAGAGUGAAACUUCAAGGCUUAAAGUGGACAGAAGAUUUUAUUUUAAAGAGGUACAUGAGUUUGCAGGCUUUCUCCCUUACUGUCAUGAGAUCUUGCCCGGUUUCCUGCUGCCACUCCUGCAGUUGAUGAAUCCGCAGAGGGUCUGGAGAUGACGGACAGCGUCAGAGGGUUUAUCCGCAAUGUUGCGACGGGGAUCAAAGACUCCAUCCUGGGCAUUGGCACCAUCUCCAAGCUGGAUGCCCGGAUUCAGCAGAAGAGAGAGGAGCAAAGAAGGCGGAGGACGAGCGGAGCCCUGGCGAUGAGACGGGCUCAGAGUGAGGAACGGAAACAGGACAACGAACCGAAACUUGCGAGUCGAAUUUUUCAAUGCUGUGCCUGGAAUGGAGGUGUGUUUUGGCUGAGUCUGUUCCUGUUUUAUCGAGUGUUUAUUCCACUCCUGCAGUCCAUUACUGCUAGAAUAAUAGGGGACCCUUCAUUGCAUGGUAACGUUUGGUCAUGGCUGGAGUUCAUUUUGAUGUCCGUCUUCAGUGCUCUCUGGGUUCUGCCUCUGUUCGUGCUUAGCAAGGUAGUCAAUGCCAUAUGGUUUCAGGACAUUGCUGAUAUGGCGUUUGAAGUGUCUGGACGUAAAGCGCAGCCUUUUCCUAGUGUCAGUAAGAUCAUAGCAGACAUGCUCUUUAAUCUACUUCUACAGGCCCUCUUCCUAAUUCAGGGAUGGAUUGUGAGUCUCUUCCCCAUCGAUGCUAUCGGUCAGCUGGUCAGUCUCCUGCACAUGUCACUGCUAUACUCACUGUACUGCUUUGAAUAUCGGUGGUUUAAUCACGGGAUUGAAAUGCACCAGAGACUGUCGAACAUCGAGAGGAACUGGCCAUAUUAUUUUGGCUUUGGUUUACCCAUGGCUCUUCUAACCGCACUGCCCUCAUCGUACAUCAUAAGUGGCUGUCUGUUCUCCAUCCUCUUCCCCCUCUUCAUAAUCAGCGCUAAUGAAGCAAAGACGCCAGUCAAACUGUACCACUUCCAACUCCGCCUCUUUUCUCUGGUCGUGCUAAUCAGCAACAAACUCUUCCACAAGACAGUGCAUCUGCAGAGCUCCCUCACGCCUUCCGCAUCCGCCGAGAAACUGCCCUCACCUCAUGUUUCCCCCACCCGCCAGCGACCUUUGCCCUCUCAGUGACUUCUUUCAGGAAUCGUGACUCUCGGCGUAUGAUUCACGUUGCGUUCUCUGUGUUGUGUGUGAGUCCUGUCGAUAUAAUUUUUGGCUGAUGAAGGAUGAAUUUUUACAAAGUGAGCGAGCGUGUUUGGGAUCAGAUUGCCUUGUGCCUAUUCCACACGUGUGGAAGUGCACAAGUUCACGCUUCUUGCUCCGUUUUUUUUCCCCCUUUUGACUGUUUUUGUGCCAUGUUGGUGAUUUGUAGAGUUUUCAAAGACAGGACAAAGAUCUCUGUGGGCACAUUUUCUGUGAACUGACCUACCGCCCCUUAAUCCCCCGUAGUCUUGGCUCAUUUUAUCUAUUUAUGGCCUUCUUUUUAAUUUUAUGUAAGUUUUGCCUUGUGAGGCCCAAACACCUGACAGUGUCUUUAUUAGAUAACACUAAGCUAUGUGACAUGUUUGACUUUGGAAAUGGGUGUAAAGGGUCCUGACUUUUCUGCACUGAAAACUAGAUUUGUGCUUGUGAAGAUCAAGUUGAAAGGCCUUUUUACGCAAGUUAUGUUUCCUGCGAGUUAUCUGACAUUUAAAACUUGUGACUUUAAUGAUUAUUGAUUCGCCCUUGAUGUCAAACCAAACCCAUAGGAUUUUUUUUGCUCUGUGGAAUACACCAAAGUUUAACAUGCAUAGAAGUAAGAAGUAAUUUGGGCUGGAAUGACGUGAGGAUGGGUAGAUAACAGGAACUUCAUUUUAAGCUGAGCUGCUUCUUAAUUGUAACCAUGUACAACUCAGAAGGGAGCUGCUUGUUAUUUCUAUUCUAUUUUAAAUCCAUUUUUAUUUACAAUUCCAAGUCCGCAUGACCCGGUGUCAUCUGGAAUGGUUCGGGGAGAUUCGGAACAGUUAUUUGAGGGUGGUUUGCACAAGCUUUACUUUUCUGCUGCUGUCAGGUGACACUGCCAAACUGUGUGCUACAAAUGAAACGUGUUAUCACAAAUCCAGUUUUUAGACGAACAGCGGUGUGUCAGAUUCCAGUGGAUGUCCACAUCAGGUGUUCCUGGACCUCAUCACCUGGAACCUGGUUUUGAACAUUUUAAAAUGAAGCACAUACUUAUGGUCUGUUUGAUGUCAGUGUAUCUGUUGAAGGGUGGGUGAUGUGUAUUUUAAAAUGGGUUGUAAUUAUCGUCAGGAAUCCAUAGUGUUACACUUACAGAUGGAUAUUUGUGAAGUGACAUUUUGUAAAAGUAUUACAUUAUUUCAAUAAAUUUGGUCUGUAUGUGA